AUGCACGCCACAAGUAAAGAAGAAUAUUCAGUGCUCCUUCUUGGGCUCGAUAACGCUGGAAAGACUACGCUCCUCUCACAGAUCAAGGCCCUCUACCAACCCCGGCCCGACGGCGCUCCUUCUCCGAACCCCGGCAAGACGGUGCCCACGGUUGGCCAGAAUGUAACAACUAUUUCCUUACCAGACAUGUACCUGAAGAUCUGGGACGUGGGUGGUCAGAUAUCGAUGAGAAACCUCUGGCAAAGCUACUACUCUAGCUGUCAUGCAAUCGUUUUUGUCGUCGACAGUUCAGACGUCGGCCAAGAUCCCGACAUCACACGCCUCCCUUUGUCUUCAAAUCGACGAUCUAGCUCAGGCUCUGGUCAGUCUGGAAAUGACUCUAAUACCUUCACGGAGCAGAUGGUGGGCAUCAAUGCGCCAGGCAGUGAUUUUGGCCGGUUGGAUGAAUGUCGUCAGGUGCUAGAAUCCGUUUUACAACACUCUGAAGUGGCCGGCGUACCUAUCCUUGUCCUAGCGAACAAACAGGACCGAGAAGACUCGGUAGAAGUGGUGCGCAUCAAGGAGGGAUUAGUGCGCAAGGUCUUCGAAGGAGAUACCGGUGGUGCCUUACGUGACAGCCGUGUCUUGCCAGUCAGUGCGCUUCUAGGCUCUGGCGUUCAGGAAGCCGUGGAAUGGGUGCAAACUAGAGUCAAAUGGAACAAAGAAGCCAGGCCUCCACUUAUGAGACUCAUCUUGGGCGCUGGGGAGUUUAUUUCUUUGACAUUAAUACAAUAUCGUGGUCUGGUUAAGUCCAUGGAUCAAACUAAUGCCAACUGCACAGAUGCACCUGGCUCGAACGACACGUAUUUAGUUUGUUUCCAAAAUCAUAGAUACUUUGAUAUGGUUGCGCGACCGACGUUGACUUCUCGCGAAAACGCCUCCAGUAUUCCCUGCACUAUCCACAAGGCCCACCCCGAGAAAAGCCCCAAGCAGGGUUUCCACCUACUGCUGGCAAUUCUGCCCCUGCAACCAUUAAAGGUGUUUCGCCGCACGAUUUUGCCCCAGAGUUUCACACCGAAACCUAUCCGCCGGCUCGGCACCUCCAAGCAACUCUUAUACUCCGAACACCAUGAACCAGAUGAGGAGCUAAGCUCUCAACCCCAAUGUGGAGCGAAGCCAUGUAAGGAGUCAACAAAAACAGCUGCUAACGACACUUCGACGGGACGGUCUCAGGACGUCCACACUGGCUUGUGCCAUCCUGGACUUGGUCAGAUCAGUCCUGGCUUCGUCACGACGGACAGCAAGGGUGACACCCAGGAACCGGCCUUGAUGAUGUUGGAGCAUAUCAGCAGGGCGACUAAGAGCUUGAUAUGUCAAGCCAACGGGAAAGCUAGUGGAAUUGGCUCUCCACCGACCGUCGCGGACCUGCCACCUAACGAAGAAGUCGAUGAUUAUCCACCUCCUUGGGGCACAAUCAUCAUUGGACAAUAUCUGAUUAGAAACUGGUCUCAUUCCUCAUCUGAAGAACCCAGCCAGCAACGACAACGACUUAUUCAGGAGUUUCUCAAGAUAGAGGAAGUUCCUGAACCCUGGGAAUUUUUUAAAGACCCCCCUCCACGUCUGCCAACUGAUAAAGAAAUUAAUGUUAUUCUUCGGCCCUGGCGUUCCAACAAUAACAUUUGUUGGAAAGCAAGAUGGAUGUUUGAUAGUACAUAUCCUGUUAUACUUCGCACAUAUUAUAAUCCAGAAGAUGAUGCCGCUGCCAGAAUAAGUAAAUGGACUAGAGAUAACAAUAUAUUCCGCAGUGCAGAACAUUGGGCCUUGCUAAACGAUGCAGAGUUUUUCGAUUUUAGCUCUAACUGGCGGCGUAUAUACGAUAUUUUACCAGAGGUGGCUGGUACUAUGCACCCCUUAAAGCGAUGGUAUUGUGGUGAGGAAGAUCUAAGUUCUAGACAAGAAGUCUUUAAGCGUUUGCUAUAUUUAAUAAAGCAGGAUAAGCCGAAUAUGUGGAAGGAGGAUAAAGAGAGGCUUCUUAAGAAUGUUGCGCUUAAUAUACAGACAGGCUUUAUUCAGUCGAUGCUUCUAAUCUUGGAUAGAGAGGCAUUUGAGCCCGAUAAGCCUUGGUUACUUUUCCUGGAUGGCUACCGGAAUAUUAUUCGGGAGGGGCGCCUUGAAAUAGGCGAGGGAAUGGAUAUUAAUGAUAUACCUGCAUGCUAUCAGCGGAAUUUUGAAAUCCCGGAGGAGCUUGCUGUUGGGGAGAAGUAUAAAAUUAAUGGAGAGAUCGGGAAGGGUUUGUAUCAGUUAACUGAUGAGGAUUUUGCGGAUUCAUAG